AUGGCUCCGAUUUGGGGGCUCACCAUCCCACUGCCACCAUAUGUCAGCCUUCUACUAUUAUUUGGUUCCCUUGUCUGGGGGCUUUGGAUGCUGUUUUCUGGGAAACAGAAUAGGGAACAGGUGGCAGCCAAGACAUGCUCGGAGGCUUCAAAGCAGCAUAUAUUGAAAAAGAUCCAGAAAUUCACAGGUCAGAAAGAUCUUUUAUUCUUCAGUUCAAGACUAAUGACAAAUCAACUGCAGGAUCCACAGUUGGAAAAAAAUCUCAGGAUGAGUUGCAUUGAAGCUAACCUGAAACAUUUUUCAGAACUCCCUGUGGGAUGGACCCAGGAAUAUGUACUCUGGUCAAUGGAUAGGAGUCUUCAACAGAUCCUACAACACCUGGAAAGUACAAGAUCAAGUCUUAUGGAAUUGGGUUUGCCUGAACCACAGGAUAUGAUUUCUUCUUCCACCUCCUCUGUUUUUGUGGCUCAGGAGCCUGUUCUACCCUGUUGUGACUGUAAGAAUGCAGAACAUUCUACUGACAGUAGUAUCUCCUCUGGAUCAUCCUACAGCUCGAGCCUGUCUCACCUUCCUGUCUUUUCUGAAGAAACAACUUGGCAAUUCCGGAGCCGUAGUUUACCUAUUUUACCCCAAAAUCAACCUCCUGUGUUCAGGAACCAAGGCAGAUCUCUGCCUUCUUUUAGGCUUUCAGAGCUUGGGAAAUCAGAAUUUUUUCAGAAUUUGGAAACUCUUUCAUCCUUAAGCCAUCAAAGCACUUUUAUCAACUCUCUUUUUGAAUCCCCAGAUCUCCACAGACAAGGAGAAAAAACAAAGGAUAAGAGAAGGAGCGAGAGUGAUUUGACAUCAGAUCAUAAGCCAAAUAUUAUCUUCAAAGAGAGACCACUAUUGUCAGGGUCAACUCCAAUCCAGCUCUCUCCUUUGGCUAGGUGGGAGUUAGAGGGACAUAUGGCUUGGAAGGUUUGUACUUUGCGGGAACAAACAGUGCCUCUGCCUGUGAGGGAAUCAUGGGCAAUGCUGAAUUAUUUAAUUGAGGUGCAAGGAGGAGUCCCUGAACCACAGAAACCCCAAAUCCAGCUAUCUAUGCCCAUUCAUCAAAGCACUGAGCAAAAUAUCAACAAUGAAUCCCCAGACCUUCCAUCUCUUCAGCUCCAGGGGAACACUGGAGUGGAAUCUGGAUUAAAUAGAACAGAAACAAGAAUUUCUCAGACUCUUAUCCCAGGUAAGCAGUCACAACCUGGAUAUGGCCCGCAAAUCCUUGCAUCCAGGCCAUUAAUGACAUCAAUAGAUAUUCUACCUCCCAAAAGCUUAGGAGCUGACAUCACUCAAGAGGAAAUGACUUUACUGAAGAAGGACCCAAAACAUGUGCUAGAGCUUAAUAUAAAGCAGAGGGUCUUAGGUCUUCCAGAAAAAAGGAUACAGCAGCAACAGACCCAGGUGCCUAAUAUGGAGCUGACCCCACAGCGACCAUACCAAGUCACAGAUAGUGUAAAAGUUACUCCACUGGCAUUACUUCAAGUCAUGGAUUCAAUGGGGAUGAUUCCAGAUUCACAUUCAGAAGUGAUAGAAUCUGUGGGUUUGUUCCAAUGGCCAUCAAAUGAAGUUGUAAAACCAAUGGAAGCCAUGGAAACAGUGCAUGUAAACCAAAAACCAUCAUAUAAAGUUAUUAAAUCAGUGGAGGUAACCCCAAGACCUCAGCAGCAGGUUAUGGAAUCAAGAAAGAUAACUCCAAGACCGCUGAAUCAAGUCAUAGAUAAUGUGAAGGUAACUCCGAUAGCAUUGCUUCAAGUCAUGGAUUCUAUGGGGAUGAUUAAAAAAUCACAUCCACCUAUCAUACAGUCAAUGGGAAUGACCCCAACAAUGCAAUAUCAAGUUGUGGAGUCAGUAAAAAGGAGUACAUUGUUGGACCAUCAAGUCAUACAGUCAGGAAAGAUGAGUCCAAGACUACAACAUGCAGUCAUAGAAACUGUGGAAAUAACCCCAAGGCCACAUAAAGUUAUGCAAUCAGUUGAUGUAACAUCAAGGCCACAAAGUCCAGUCACAGAAUCACUGAAGAUUACUCCAGGGCCAGUAUGUCAAAAUAUGAAAUCACUUGAAAUGAUCCCCAGGCCACUGCAUCAAGUGAUGGAUUACAUGAAAGUGACUCCAGUAGCACUAUUACAAGCUAUGGACUUUAUGGGGAUAAUUCCACCAACAAAGUCACAUGUUAUAGAAUCUGGGGAUUUGGUCCCCAGUUCACAGUUGCAAUGUAUGGAAUGUGGUCAUUUGGCUCUACCAUCAGAGUUUCCAGGUAUAAAAACUGUGGAAUUGUCUCCAAGAAUAGUACAAAAAGAUGUGAAACCUGUGGAGUUGGCCCCAAAGUCAUGGUCACAAGAUAUAAGAUCUGAGGAGACAGCCCCAAUACCAUUGCUUGAAGAUGUAAAAACUCCUCAAAUGGUAGAAAGCACAAGACUGACUCCUAAGAGACAGGUAGAAAGUAUGAAAAAUGAGGAACUGAUCCCAAGAGCACACAUUCAAGCAGUAAACUCUGUAGAGGUAGACUCCAGACCAAAUCAUCAAGUCACAGAACCUGAAGGACUGAUCUCAUGGUAUCAAGCUUCAGAAUCUUUAGGGAUGAUCUCAGAACCAGGAUAUUCAGAAACAGAAGCAAAGCUAACCUCUGACACUGGUCACCAUGCGAAAGAGUCUAUGGGGUUGAUACAAUCAUCUUUAGGAAGUACCCCCAGGUCAUUGAGCCAAGCAUCUAUGCAGAUGAACUCAAUGUCAUUCAGGGGCACUCUUGAGCCAAUGUUCCAAAGUGUGAGAGCCAUGGACGAAACUCCAGUGUCAGAGCACACUACACAAGAAUCUCUGGAGUUGGUACCAGGAUCAGAGAUGCAAGGUAUGAAAUCAAAGAUGUUGACCGCAGAGCCUCAAGAUACGAAGUUUGUUCAUCUGAAUCUAGGACCAUAUUCAGAGGUUACAGAAUCAUCAGAGAUAUCCCUAAGGUCAGAAUAUGCAAACACAGAAACUGUGGGGUUAGCAACAUUUCCAGUUGAAAACAUCCAGGAGGUAAUACCAGUACAACCAAAUUCAGAAAAAGAAUCUCUGGAGUCGACUUUGGAACCAAGGAUGCAAUAUGAGAUAUCAGAGCCACUACUGCAAAAUUUGAAAUAUGUGAAGUUAACCUCCGAGUCAUCCCCAUUAGUGGUGGAAUCUAAACAGUUUGUUACAGGACCAAAACCACAAGUUACCGAGUUGACUCCAGAGCCACAGUUCCAGGAAGUAAUGUCCAGGCAGUUGGAAUCAGAGCCAAAACUACAAGACAUGAAAUAUGUUAAUUUACUUCAACAGUCAACUACUACCAAAAUGGUAGAAUCAGAGAAGCCAAUACAAGAGUCAGUGCUACAAAGUAUGAUACCAGAGGAACUGACUCAGGAGGUACAGCUCCAAGGUGUGUCCCUGGGACCAGAGUUGCAUAGUGUAAGAUUUUCAGAGUUAUCUCCCGAGCCACCACUUCAAGGAGAAAGACUUUUAGAUUUAAUCUCAGGGUCUCCACAUCACAGUGUGACAUCUGAUGAAUUGACCCCAGGUUCCCCAAUGCAAGAAAUAAAAUUGUCAGAUUGUAUCCCAGGACCAAAGCAUCAAAGUGUUGUAUCUAUACAGUUGAUGGCAAAACCACAAACUGAAAGUACAAAAUUCGCGGAACUAAGCUCAGGACCAUGCUUACAAGGUGUCAGAUUUUCUGAUUUGACUCCAGACCCACAGCAUCAAGGUUUUGAACAUGUGCAGUUAAUGCCAGGAACACAGCUUCAAGAUACAAAGCCAGUAGGAUUUGUAACAGAGUCAUCUUUGCAGUUAAGUCAAGGGCUCCCGGUUGAAAAUACGAAAUCUAUUCUGUCUAUUGAUGGGUCACAGUUUCACAGCAUGAAAUCAGUGAAACUGACCUCAGAACUACAAUUUCAAGACAUGAAAUCGGAGGAACUGAACCUAGGGUCAAGGCAGCAAGAUGUCAAAUUUUCUGAAUUGACCUCAGGACCAAAGCUUCAAGGUGUCAAAUUUGGGAAGCAAAUCCCGGAAUCACCGUUUCAUAGUGUGACUUCCAUGGAGACAACUCUAGAGUUAGGGCUUCAAGAUUCUAAAUCAGCAAAGAUGUCUCCAGGGCUUCAAGGUGUGAAACAGGUGGGGCCAUGGCUACAAGAUGUCAAAUUUUGUGAUCUAACAUCAGGAGUUCAGUCUCAAGGUGUGAAAUCCUCUGAGUUAAACUCAGGGCCACAAUUACAAUAUGUGAAGAUUUUUGAGUUAACUCCAGAACCAAAGGUGCAAGGAGAAAGAUCUAUGAAGUUGGCCUCAGGACCUGAACAGCAAGGGGUUAAGCCUGAGAUGUUAGGACCAAAGCCACUGUUUCAAGGUAUAAAAUGUGAAGCAGCAGACCAAAUGUCAAGCUUUGAAGGUGACAUUUCUUAUAAAUUAGUUUCAGAGCCACAGAGACCAGAUGUAAAAUCUAUGGAGGUGUCUCCUAGACUCCAGUUGCCAAGUGUAAACUAUUCUGAGUUGGCAAGAAGACCACUGUUACAAGUUAUGAAAUCUUCUGGAUUGACCCAAAGACCACAGAUGCAAGAUGUAAAACCUGCAGUGAGGACCCCAGUCUCAAAGGUUGAAGGUUUACAAUCUGAGGCACUAAUGCCAGAGCCACAGCUGGAAGAUAUAAAAUCUGUGAAGUUAACCCCAGGACCACAUUUAGGAAGUAUGAAAUCUAUUCAGUUAACAUCAAAGCCACAACUGGGAAAUGUUAAAUCUAUGGUGUUAACCCCUGGGUCAGAGGGGGAAGAUGUGAAACCGGUAGAGGUGACCCCAGGCUCAAAACUUCAUGGUUUAAUAUCUGAGUUGCUGUCCUCAGAGUUGGAGUUGAAAGAUGUGAACUCUGCAGUCUUAACUCCAGGACAACAUCCAAGAGGUAUGAAAUCUACAUUGCUAACCCCAAGUCCACAGCUGGAAGGUAAAAAAUCUGUGGAGAUAACCUCAGGACCACUGAGAGAAGAUGUCAAAUCUGUGAAACUCACCUCAGAUUCCAAGCUUCAAGGUCUGAAAUCUGAUGUGUUGGCACUGUCCUUAAGAAAUCAAGGAUUAAAAACUGUGACGUUCAUCCCAAGAACGCAACUGCAAGAUGUGAAAGCUAUGGAAUUGAAACUUGGGCCAAGGAUGCAAGAUGAGAAUUCUGUGUUUUUGGCACCAUGGUCAUUGCUCCAAGGGCCUCAACUGCAAGGUAUGAAACCUCGGGAAUUGACUGCAAAGCCCCAAAUGCAAGAUGUGGAAAUUUUGCAGCUAACUCCAUGUCCAAAGCUUCAAAGUUUAACACCUGUAGAGGAGACUCCAGAUCAAGAGCUGCAAUUUGCAAAACCUAUGAAGUUGACCCCAAGGCUAAAGAAGCAGGUAGUAAAAUCUGUGAAUGCGAGCAGAAGACAAAAGUUUCAAGGAGUAAAAUCUGUGGAUUUAGCCCCAAAGCAACAGUUUCAAGAGACGGCACUUGUGAACUUAACUCCUAGGCCAAAACAGGUUAGUGAGAUAUCUGUAAUCUCACCAGAGCAGCAAUGUGUGAAUUCAGAGUCACUGAAGAGAGGGUCUAAGUCAGAAGAUGGGAUGUCUUGGGAGUUAAUUCCAGAGCUAAAAUUUAAAGAUGGAAAAUUAGUAGAUCUCAACUUUGAAUUACAGUUGAAAGGUAGGGAAUCAUCUGAAUUGACUCCAGAAUCAAAUAUUCAAGGUAUAAAAUCUAAAAGGUUAAAACUUGAACCACAGUUGCAAAGUAUGAAGUCUCCCAAGCUGACCCCAGGACCACAGUUACACCAAGUAAAAUCCUCAAAGUCAACUUCAGAGCCACAGCUUCAAGAUGUGAAAACUGCUAAGUUUAAACAAGAGCCACAACCUGAGAGUAUGAAACAUAUUCAGUGGAUACCAGGAUGUGAGUUCCAAGACGUGAAAUCUGCAGGGUUAAGUCUUAAGUCACAACCUCAAGGAGGCAAAUUUGUAGAGUUGAAAUCUUCAACACAGUUAAGAGAUGCGAAGUCAUCUGAACUGCAUCUGGGGCCAAAAAUUCAAGGUACAGCAUAUUUGAAGUCCGACCUUGGGCCACAGUUGAGGAGGGUGAAAACUCCUGAGUUGUCCCCAGGACCACAGUUGCAAGAAGGAAAAGUUUUGGCAUCAACCUCAGGGCCACAGUUUCAAGGUAUGAAAAUUGUGGAGUUAAACCAAAAGCCACAGUUUGGAAGUACGAAAACUGUUCAGUGGAUGCCUGCACCAGUGUUUCAAGGUGUGAAAUCUCUGCUAAAUCUUGAGUUGCAACCUCAGUGUGUCAAACCAACAGAGUUGAUACAGUUGAGAGAUAUGAAAUCAUCUGUAUUGACUCCAAGGCCAAAGCUUCAAGAUGUACAAUCUUUGACAUCACUCCAAGAGUCUCAGGCUCAAGGUCUCAAUGUGAAACCCUGUCUACAGUUUAGCAGUAUGAAAUCAUGUGACCUGACUCCCAAGUCAAAGCUCUGUGAUAUAAAAUCUAUGAUGUUCAAAUCUAGGCUUAACUUGCAAGAUGGCAAAUCUCCUUUGUCGACCCCAGGACCAUGGCUUCAAGAAGUGAAACCAUUACAGGCAGCCCCAGGAACACAGCUUCAAGGUGUGAAGUCUCCACUGCUUACACAAGAGCCACAGUUUCCUGAGGUGAAAUCUGAGGUAUUAAGCCAAGGGUCACAAUUACAAAGUGAUAAAACCAUAGAGUUGAACUCCCCACUACACUUGAAAAGUAUGAAGUCAUCUGAGUUGACUCUUCAGCCAAAGCUUCAGGGUGUGAAAUCUGAGGAUUUCAACACUGGGCCACAGUGGCAAGGUCUAAAAUCUUCUAAGCCACCGUUUGAGACAAAGUCCCAGGAUAAGAAAGUUACUGAACUAAUCCCUGGCUUACAGUUGCAAGGUACAAUGUUUUCUAAAUUGACCGUGGGAACAAAGACUCAAGGUGUCAAAUAUUCAGAUUUUGACCCUGGCCCCUGUCCCCAGUUGCAAGUUCUGAAAUCUUCUGAGCUGAUCCCGGCAUCAAAGCUUCAAAAUGUGAAAUUGCUUCAAAAAGUGAAAUCAGUGGAACUCAAGUCAGGUCCACAGCUGCAAGAUAUAAAAUCUUCCAAGUGGAUCACGGGUAUAAAGCUUCAACGUGUAAAAUCUAUGAAUUUCAGGUCUGGAUCAAACUUGCAAGGUGUGAAAUUGUCUGAAGAUAUCCCAAGGGAGAAGCUUCAAGGUGUGAAGUCUGUAGACCUGAAACCUAGUCCAAAGUUACAAGGUACAAAACCUGACUUGACAAGGAAGAUUCCAGUUGUGAGAUCAGUAGAGUCAGACUCAGGCCAACACUUACAGGAUAUGAAAUGUUCCGAACUGAUCAUGGGUAUAAAGCUUCAACAUGUAAAAUCUAAAGGGUUAAGUUCUAGACCACACUUUCAGGGUGUGAAAUCUUCUGAAGCGGUCUUAGGGACAACGCUUCAGGAAGUGAAAUCGAUGUUCAACUCUGAACCACAGAUACAAAGUAAAAAAUGUUCUGAAUUGACCCAAGGGACAAAGCUUCAAGAUGAAAAAUCCUUAGAGUUCAAUCAUGGACUGAAGUUACAAUGUGGGAAAUCUGAUUUAACCCAGAAGAGGGAACUUCAAGGUGUGAAAUCAGUGGAGUUCAACCCUGAACCACAGAGACAGGGUGAUAAAUCUGAUUUGAGGCUAGGGUGGAGGCUUCAAGAUUUGAAAUCUGUUGUUCCACCUCUGCAAGGUAUGACAUCCUCAGAGUUAACACCAAAGACAAAGCCUCAAAGUGGAGAAUCUAUGGAAUUCAUCACCAGGCCAAUGUGGCAAGAUAUGAAACCUUUUGAAUUGACUCUUGGUACAAAGGUACAAGAUGUGAAAUCUUUGGGGUUCAACUCAGCUCCACAGUUACAAGAUAGAAAAUUAUCUAUGCUGACAUCAAAGGCAUACCUUCAAGGUGUGAAAUCUAUGGAAUUCAACCCUGUGGCAGAGUUGCAAGGUGCAAAAUCUUCUGGACCUAUAAAGCUUCAAUUGAUGAACUCUACAGAAGUCAAUCCUGGCCUAGAAUUUCAGGUUGCAAAAUCCUGUAAGUUGGCCUUGGAAUCAAAGAUUCACAGUGGGAUAUCGUCUAAGAGCAAAGCUAGAAAGCAAAAGCAAGAUGAGAAAUUGUGUAAGUUGAAUCCAUGGCAAGAGCUUCAAAGUGUAAAAGUCAUGGUGUUCAGUCCUAGGACACAUUCACAACAUAUAAAAUCUUCAGAAUCAUGCAAAGGGACUAAGUUUCAAAAUGUGAAGUCUUUGGAAUUCAAUCCUGACCAACAACUGCAAGAUAUGAAAUCUUCUGAUUUGCGUCUGGGAACAAAUCACCAAGGUAUUCAAUCUUUAGAGUUCAAUCCUGGACCACAGCUGCAAGAUACAAAAUCUUCAGAGUUGAAUCCCAGUACGGAGAAUCAAGGUAGAAAAUCUAAGGUGCUCUGCGUUGGGCCAGAUUUGCAAGGUGUGAAUUCUUCUGCAUUCAUUUCAGAACCAAAACUUAAGUGUGUAAAUCCACCUGGAUGCCAGCCUGGGUCACAUUUGCAAGGUUUGAAAUCUGAAUUGAGGCCAGAAUCAAAGUCUCUAAGUGUAACACCCACAGAAUGCAACCCUGGGCCACAGAUGCAGUGUGCAAAGUCUUCUAAGUUGAAUCCAGAGCCAAAAUCACAAUGUUUAAAUUCUAUGGGUUGCAAAUGUGGGCCACCCUUGCAAGAUAUAAAAUCCCUUGAGUUGACUUCAGGGGAAAAAUGUCAAUAUAUGGGAACUGAAGUUAAUCCAGGCACAGAGAAUCAAUGUGAGACAUCUAUGGUGUUCAACCCUAGGCCACACUGCCAAGGUCUGAAAUCCGAAUUGAUUUUAGGGUCAAAGUUUCUAAGUGUAACACCCACAGAAUGCAACCUUGGCCCACAGACACAGUGUGAAAAUUCUUCUGAGCUGAAUCCAGAGCCAAAAUUACAAUGUGUAGAUUCUAUGAAGUGUAAAUGUGGGCCACACUUGCAAGGUAUAAAAUCUCCUGAGUUAACUUCAGGGACAAAAUGUAAAGGUAGGAAAUCUUCUGAUUUUAAUCCGGGGUCAGAACUUCAAAGUAUAAAAUCUGUUAUGUUCAACCCUGUGCACGAUUUACAAGACAUAAAAUGUGAAUUUACUCCAGGGACAAAGUCUCAAGGUAGAACCUCAACAAAGUUCAACUCUGACCCACAGCAGCAAGGUAUGAAUUGUGAGGAGUUGCCCUCACACCUCAGGCAGCAUAGUAUAAGAUCUGUGGUGUUUGCACCAGAGCCAUUGCCAUGUUCUCAAGAUGUGAAAUCUAUGAAGUCAAACCUACUGCCCCAAUCUCAAAGUAUGAACUUUUUAGGAUCAUCAUCAUGUCUCAGGUCACAAUGUGUUAAAUCUGAGAUCUCUGCACCAGAACCAUGUCUUCAAAAUAUGAAAUCUGUAGAGUUGACACCAGGGUCUCAAGAGCAAGGCAUGAAUUGCCAAGAGCUGACUUCAGGAUUGCAAGGUGUCAAAUCAGGAAUCUCGGCACCAGAGUCAACUAAGAACUUCAUACCAGGACCAAUGUUGACUAGUGUCAAAUUUUCAAAUUUGUCUCCAGAAUCACAGCAACAAGGUGUGAAACAUUUGGAGUUUACUCCAGAACCAAAGUUGCAAAGCACGAGGCAUGCAAAAUCAUCUUCAAUGUCUCUGCAACAAGCUAUAAAAUCUGUGGAGUUAGCAUCAGAGUCACUGUUUCAAAGACCAAAAUCUGAGGAUCUAACUCCAAGAACAAGCUCUCAAAUGACAGGCUCCUCUGAAAUCAUCCCUAGGCCAGGGCAUCAGUUUGUAGAACAUGCGGAGAUGAUUCCAAAGCCAAUGCAUCGAGUCCCUAAAUCUGUUAGUUUGACUUCAAUACCAAUUUAUCAAGUUAUAGAUUCUUCAAAAAUGCCACAAAGUUUGGCACAUCAAGACACAGAAACUGUAGAGAAAUCUGUGAAGAUGACCCAAAAUCCAAAAGGAAAAGCCAUGAAAGCUUCAGGAAUGCCUCUGAAACUAAAUCUUCAAGUACCAGAAUUUGUUGAUCUGACUCCAGUGCUAAGGAAUCAAGGUUUAAAAUCCUUAGAAUUAACACCAAAGAAAAGCCACCAAAUCCUGGAAACUCUGGAGUUGCUCUCUCAGUCAGGGUCCCAAGUUAAGGAGUCACAUACAGGGCAGCUGCAGCAAGUUGUGGAAUCUGAAGGGAUGACUUCAGGACCCAAGAAUCACAUUACAGAAACUAUGGGGUUGACCUUCAAGACAAAGCUGCAAGGGGAGGAAUUUCUUGGAAGGAGUCCAAAACCAAUAAGUAAAACCACUGAUGCAGAGAGAUAUUCAAGGCCCUACCCUCAAGCCCAGGAAUCUGUGGAGGUGAUCUCCGAGCAAAAACUGCCAAGGGGAGAGUCUAUAGCAUUGAUUACAAAGACAUUUCAAGAUGUCCCAGAAUCUUCAGAGAUGACAGAAGGGAUACAAUAUCAAGUUCCUGGGUCUAUGGGUUUGACCUGUAAGCGAUUCCUAAAGGCGAAGCAAAUAGGUCAAAUUGCAGGACACACAGAAUCUGCAGAGGUCACCACUGAGACAUGGGAACAAGGGGAGGGAAAAAUGAAGCACAGAAUCAGUCACAGAAUCAGUCACAGAACCCAGUCACAGAAUCAAAGUAUGAAAUACUCAGAAACAGCCCCAGGACUACUGGGUCAAAUUACAGAAUUCAUGAGGAUUAGUCCAAAGCCAUUAGAACAAGUCACAAACUCUACAAAGACACAGCUUCAAGUUGCUCAAGCAAUAGGGGUAAAGCCAGUUGCUCCCAUCAGAGUUGCUACACCUGUGAACGUGACUCCUGGGCCACCAUAUCAAGUUGUGAAGUCUGUAACAUUAACAUCAUGGCCAAACUCUCAAAUGGUAGACUGUGUUGAGUUGACUUCAAAACCACAAGAUGUGAGACCUUCAACCUCAGGCCUAAGGUUGCAAAAUGCAAAAUUUAAGAAAUUAAGCACAGAACCAAAGUACCAAACUUUGAAAAGAAUGGAUUUGACAGGGUUUCAAAUUGUAAAGACUGUGGGGCCACCACUUCAAAUUGUAAAAUCUGAGGAAUUAGCACCAGGGCCAAUUCCCCAGAUUGCAGAACCAAUAGGAGUGGGGCUUAAGGCAACAAAUUACUUGGAUUUAUUCCCAAGGCUACAUCUUCAAGAACCAGUAGAAUCUGUAGAAUUAACACCAAGGCCAAAUACUGAAGUGAAAUCUGCAGAAUUAACCACACAGCCAACAUAUACACUCAAGGCACCUACAGUGUUAAAUCAUAAACAAGGGCUUCAGGCUGUGAAAUCUACAGGGGUAAAAACAGGACCUCCUCAAGUCAUGGAAUCUGAGGAUUUGAAUCUAAAUGAGGUGUGUCAGAAUAAGGACUUUGAGGAGGGAUCAUCAGAAGAAGAUUUACAAAUAGGGAAUUAUUUCUCUAGGUUUCUACACAACUCUUCAGACUCACUCAUCUCAAGUUCUGUCAGAACAUCUGAAUUAGAUUUUUGGGAUUCUAAGAUGCCCCAAGUAUCAAGUGUAUUGGAUAUAAAAAACCUUGUGACAGAUAUUUUGCAACCUGAGGAGUCUUUUAUAGACCUUGAUAUGAUACAAUCUUCAACUUUUUCCUUAUCCCUUCAUAACCAAUCCCCUGAUGAGACAGUUAUUCCUGUAAAAAACUCAAAUUCUGAGAUGCCAGGAGUGGAUGUCAUACCUAAUGAAAGGACUAAGAGGAAACAUGUGGAGGAGUCAGAAAGCUCACUCCAGAGACCCUCACAACAUUCACCACAAGACUGGAUAUCACCACCUAGGUUUUUCCAGGCAGAGUCAGGGGCUCAAAGAGCCCUUUCCUGGCCUGUCCUGGGCAGGCAACGGAAUGUCUGGGAGAGUCGCUCCUCGAGGCCACGACUACCUAGAAAAUAUCUCUCCAAUAUGCUAAUGCUGGGGAAUGUCUUGGGGACCACUAUGGAAAGGAAGCUUUCUUCUCCAACAUCGUUAACAGAAAGAGCCACUGAAGAUACCUGUCAAUCUAUUCAGAAUUUAUUUGGGGUUCCAGCUGAAUUGAUGACAUCUUCUGAGAGAUUAUUUGAAAAGGGUCAAGGUACUAUUUCUCAGCCUUCAGUGGUCAAAAACUACAUUCAGAGACAUACUUCAUGCCAUGGUCAUGGAAAAAAAACACCCUUAAGAAUGUGGACACGUAGUUCCAUGCCCUCCAUAAUACAGCACUACUCUGGGAGUAGAACGAGAAUAAAGAAAACAAACUCAAAACCCUGCAAUAUAUCCCAGGAAGUCACUCAGUACAUGCCUGUUUCAUGCACAGGGAGUCAGCCUCCUGCCCCAGCAAAGUCAGAGUCUUCCCUCAACAUAUUUUUUGCCAGGAGAGAUUCUGUUCCAAUGGAAGAGACUGAAAACUCACAGAGUGAUUCACAGACAAGGAUUUUUGAGUCCAAACACUCCCUCAAGCCAAGUUAUCUUUCCCAGGCCAAGACUGACUUCUCAGAACAGUUCCAGCUGCUACAAGAUUUACAGCUAAAAAUAGCAGCAAAACUGUUGAGGAGUCAAAUACCCCCUAAUGUACCUCCACCUUUAGCUUCAGGUCUGGUCCUAAAAUAUCCUAUCUGCCUACAGUGUGGCCGAUGUUCAGGAUUUAAUUGCUGUCAUAAAUUACAGGCUGCUUUUGGGCCUCACCUUCUUAUCUAUCCACAGCUUCACCUUGUAAGCACUCCUGAAGGCCAUGGAGAGAUUAGGUUACAUCUUGGUUUUAGGUUGCGAACUGGUAAAAGACCCCAGCUCCCAAAGUAUCACAGAAGAGACAGACCAGUCACGCCAAGGAGCCUUAGAUCAACAUCAUUAAGGAAAGCCAAAGGUUACACACGAGCUUCCAAGAGUCCUACUUCUACAAUAGAUUUCCAGUCUGGGUCUUCCCAGUCUCCAUCUCCUAUAGAAGUCCACAUCAGGCGAAGGCAAUAUGACAGCUCUAGCCUAAUAGAAAAGAUAGAAAUUAGAGAGCCUGGACACUAUGAGUUCACUCAAGUUCACUCACUAUCAGAGAGUGACUCUGAAAGCAAUCAGGAUGAAAAAUGGGCUAAAGUGAGAACCAAAAAGACCCAUGAUUCAAAAUAUCCAAUGAAAAGAAUCCCCAAGGGAGUUAGAUCACAAAAUACAAAGUUCUACACAAAUGGUAGAGCUAUAAUACAGAGUUCCUCCAGGGAAUUACCAAACCAGUUAAGAAGGAAGAGGAGUGGAGCAUCUCAGACAACGACCGCCUCUUUAAAAAGACAACCUAAGAAAUCCUCCCAUCCAAAAUUUAUUCAACUGCUUUUUCAGGGCCUAAAGCAGGCAAUUCAAACAGCACACAGAAUUAUGGCUUUGGCUGGGCAGAAGCCUGAGCACACAGCAAGGUCAGACUAUUUCUGGUCAAGCAAAACCUACCUUCCAAAACAAAAAGCCAGAGACUAUUGCUUAACAAGAGACAGCAAAAGACACAGGAUGCCAACUCUCAAGCUAAGGCAAUCAGAGUCAGUCACCAAGCAGGAGAGCACACGGUGGGAAGAAACAGACCAAUUCAGACCAGCUCAACAACCAAAAAGGGAUAGCUCUUUCCAACUCAGACCUAAGCAAUUACCCAAGCCCACAGUUUCCCAAAGAAGUGCCACUCUCAAAAACACCUCAACUAGCCAGUGUUUGGGUCCUGUUCAAAAUGACAGUAGUAGCAGAGCUAAGAAAAACUUUAACAGAAAUGAAAUCUCUAACCAGGAGUCCAAGAACUUCAAACCAGGAAUCAGAGUUCAUGCUGGAGGGAGACUCUUACAACCUGGUUCUCUUAUGAAGAGGACCUCACACAGUCACCUUAAAGGGAAACCCACACACAAGGAACGAAACCAUCAGAGCUUCGGCUUCAGUAGGGAAAGAACCCCAUGUUAUUCUUCUGGAAGGAGCCAAUACAGUCCCUCUGAGAGGGGCCAGCACAGUACCUCUGACAGGAGCCAUAGAAGUGCCUCUGAGAGAAGCCACCACAGUGCCUCUGAAAGGAGCCACCGAAGUGCCUCUGGGAGAAGCCAUCGAAGUGCCUCUGAGAGGAGCCAUCAAAGUCCUUCUCAGAGGAGCCAUCAAAGUGCCUCUGAGAGAAGUCAUCACAGUGCCUCUGAGAGAAGCCAUCGAAGCACCUCAGAGAGAAGCCAUCGCAGCGCCUCUGAGAGGAGCCAUCGCAGCGCCUCUGAGAGGAGCCAUCCAAGCCCUUCUCAGAGGAGCCAUCACAGUCUCUCUGAGAGGAGCUAUCGAGGUCCCUCUGAGAGGAGAUGCCGCAGUCCCUCUGAGAGGAGAUGUCGCAGUCCCUCUGAGAGAAGGUGUCGCAGUCCCUCUGAGAGGAGCAAUCGCAGUCUCUUUGAGAAAAUUCAUCGCAGUUCCUCUGAGAGGAGAGAACACAGUGCUUCUGAGAGAAGACAGCACAAGCCCUCUGAGGGGAGCGGACAAAGUCCCUCUGAGAGGAGCCACAACAAUCCCCUCAAGGACAGACUCAAACACAGCUCCCCUAGGGAGAGGCCCAGACAAGGUUUGAGUAAAGAUUUCAAGAGUAACUCUAACACGUCUCCUAGAGACCACACCAAAAAUCCCCAAAGGAGGCCCCCUCGGAAGCUGCUAGGCGGAAGUACACGUUCGCCACCGGGCUCGCGGACCCGACUCUACAUCCGGGAGCGGAGAGGAGAGCGGAAGUGGCGUUGGUCUGGCCGGAGCCCUUGGGUGAAUUUGUUAGGCGUGGAGAGGGAGUGA